GUCGCCCCCAAAUUCGAGAGUCCGUUUCGCCGCCAUAUUGAUUUCAUCGCUGCGUCGGGCUUGAUCUACGCUGAAUUUAAAGCAGAUAUUGCGGCAAGAUAGACCGAGAUAGCAAAAUGCCAAAACUAAAGAAAAGAAAGUUUUUGGGCGCCAAAAGAAAGUAUUGUGACAAUAAAAAAAAGACUUUGGAGAAGCCUGAAGUUUUUUAUGACAAUCAAUUCAUGUACAUGCCUGGUGUGAUUGAGGAACCUACUGAUGAUGAGGUCGACUCUGAUAACCGCACUUCAUCACAUGUUGAUGUCGAGUCUGACCACAGCUUUACCAUAAAAUCAUCGCCUCUGAACAUGAAUGAUGGGACAGAUGGAAGUCAGACAAAUGAACCUUGUGUUAUCUCUUCACCUUUUUCCCUUUUGGAUCAUAACUAUACAUAUAUGCGCAUGUCUAAAAUCCCUGUUGCUCGUCCUGAUCAGCUCCCAAAGGAACUCUCCAAAUUUGAGAGACUUCAAGAGGAUAUUCGAAAUAAGUUAUGUUCUCCAUAUGUGCCAGUGUUAAGGGAUGAUUACAUAGAAAUAUUGGAACUGUAUAAGGCAGGUGGAAAGACUGCCAUUAAACUUGCUGUCACUUUUGACCCAACAUUCAAGGCCACUAUACAUGUUCACAGGAAAAAACUCGCUCAGGAUCAUGAUUUAUGGGAUGGCCUUCCUCAAAGUUUCGACACAUACACCAAAGUUCACCUGUUACUUGAUAAACUGAAAAAGUAUGUUGUGUGUAAAGGGAACCCUGAUGAGGAGUAUCAAGAUCUGGUUCCCAUUGGUUCUACACUGACAUCUGGAAAUUCUUCAGAAGGUCAUGCGUACAGAGAAGGUGACUUUUGGGCGGAAUCGGGAAAGCUAAGGUACAAUUCCACCAUCAGGGCAAUGAAAUGUCCAAUGUUGGUGGAGGGGCCAAGAUGCUGUAGUUGUGCGUCGUAUAGAAGGUGUUUGCGAACUAGGAAACAGCGUCUUGCAGAAAAAGCAGAUUUUUUGGACAGAGAUCUGAUUCAUAGCAGGUACAAACACAAAGACAUGAGUAGGCAAAUGUUGAUUUCCAAAAUUGAUCAACAGAAAUCUUGUAUCAAAAACAUGCAACACCAGAUAGACAUCUUCCACAAGCAAAGACAGUACAUAGAUAGAGAGCUUUUGAGACGUGGCAUACGCAUUCCCGAUCAUCAAAAUCAGGAAAUGUCAGACUUGUUUAGUGUUUGUAGGGAGGACAUGGAGACGGAAUUUUCAAGAUCAAGGAAAAACGGAAUGUCAUGAUUUCGCGAUCUUGGGAUAAACACAGGUUAAUGUCUGCAGAAAAUAAAGACGAAAACAAGUCUCGAAAAAAUGAUUUGACCACAGAAUUAAUCUCCACAAACUUAAAUUUGCAAUUUCACAAACAAGAUUUGAAUAAUUUAUUGAUACUGUCAUGUAUAUCUAACACACUCUGCUUAAAAGCAUUUGGAAAGUUCUCACUGAAAA